GGCCUGUAGGCGGGGCGGAGGCGGCUCCGGGCCUGGGCUCGGGGCGCGGCCUUGAUGCCGAGUUCCGGCCGGGAGGCGGCGGCAGCUUUUAGCUUCCCCGGGCGGUGCUGAGCGGCAGCUCCGGGACCGGGAGACACCAUGAGGAACCUGAAGGAGAAAACCGCGGCCAUCGUGGACAGACUGUUCGAGGAGGAGGAGAAUUCACUGGAGACCGACUGCAGCAGCUCAGAGGAUGAGGAUGUCCUCAACAUAGCUCGCUGUCUGCGGAAACUCGGCGAUGAGUACAAUGAAGUGAUUCAGUCACAUGUGAAAGAUCUUAAGCCAGAGUUUAAUCAGCUGGUAACGGAUCAGGGUGUUGAAGUGUUUUCCAGCAUGGUCAGUCAGCUGAAUAGCAAUCCUGAACUGCAGACACAUCUUCAACAGCUGGGUUCCGAGAUGAACCUCCUGAGAAUUGCUGUCAUUCUGGGUAUGCAUAUUACUAAGGAAGUACCGGAAUUGAUUCCCAAGGUCAAGGCUGCCAUGGUAACCUUCAUCAAUACAAAACUGCUGAGCUGGGUUCAAAGUUCAGGAGGAUGGGAGAAACUCUUAUGAGCUGUGCCCACCCAUCGCAAUGGGUAAGGGAAUGUCUGAGACGGGUGAAAAUUAAAAUAAUCCAAAUAUGAUUUGACAAUCAAGCUUGACAAUGAAGAACGUUCUACAUCCCAACUGCCACCUUCCAUUUUCAGUACAAUCUCCCUGGAGAGUUAAAUGGCUACCAAGCAAUUUCACAACCUCUUGCUAAGAGCCUUGUGAUGAGCAGAUAGUUAGUCCGAUGAGAAAUUAUGAUGCCUUUCCCUUGGGGUAAGAGUAAUGCACCUGCUGUAUGUGCAUGAGAGUAAAAAGGAAAUUGAGUCAGCCCAGGAGUGAAAGUCACAGCAUCUGCUAAACUGCAGCUACUGAAAGAAAGAAAACAAGUGACUGGGAGGAGUGAGAGCAACAAAAUUGAGUAACUGAUUUUUAGCUUCUGUUCACAUGGAGCCAUUCAAUGGAUGACUUGGCAUGUUUAGUGUUUGAACGGGUUAGUUGGAUUCGGUAAUGGUAAAGAAUGGGUUUCAUUUGCUUUCAAAUGCAUAAAAGUAGUUGAUGAAAUUGUUUUUUCUCUCAAUGUGCUAGCUGACGUAAAUUGACGUUUUGUUUAUGGUAAGAAUUAGUCAUCAGACUUCUGGUUUCUUCCAGAUAUCUCAAAAUCUCAACCAAUUUGGUUUUGGCAUAUCAAAAGCCAGUGCCAAUGUCAAACAUUUUAUUUGAAUAUCACGAUUGAAAGGUUCAGGGCUAGCCCCCAAGAGUGAGAGCUAUGAUAGAAUUAAGAUAUCAAGCUUUAGUUUUUAUAAACCAAUUCAUCAAAGAAACCCAUCUCACUUGCCACAUUAAUUGGAAACUUAAUAGUGUCACCGUCUUGAGGCGGGGGAAGGGGAAGAGGCCACAGUACUGUCAUGUGGGGAGGUGUGGGGAACUUAACAUUAUUACAGCUACUAAACCAAUUUUCAAUGUACCUGAAGGAAGUGUGCAUCUUAGACCCCUCACAUUAAAGACUGUACAUAUUGCUAUGAGGAUGCCUGUUAGGAAAUCUGCAGUCUAGUGCUAGUUGUUUUCUGUGCACAGCCUUUUACAGUUCUACAGUGUUCUUGUCCCACUUCUCACUCAGUGUUUCUUAAUUCAAUAUAUAAACGUGAAGGGGCCUUGGCUUGCUCCCAGUUGAAACCAUGCAGUGUUAAUGGACUUGUUGCACAUUAGAAGGCAGUGUAAUCAUGCCGAAAAUUAUUUGUAAGGAAUGAUCAUGAAUGUACCAGAGAGGAUUAAACACUUUACCAUGCACCUUGUCAUUUUAAAGAAUUGAAUGUGCAGACUGAAUGCUGAUGGCAGGAAUAAAAUGUUGCUGGAUUGUUA